GCUCGUGCGGCGGCCAGGUCAGGGCUUCGGUGCAUAAGAAAAGGUUCAGCCGAUAAAGGUCGUAAUGGAGCUUUUUUGCGUGCUGUUCUUUGGAUUUGGGUGGCUGUUCUUCAUGCGUAAGCUCUUCAAGGAUUACGAGGUUCGACAGUAUGUGGUCCAGGUGAUCUUCUCUGUGACUUUUGCCUUCUCUUGUACCAUGUUUGAGCUCAUCAUCUUUGAGAUUUUGGGAGUGCUGAACAGCAGCUCUCGAUAUUUUCACUGGAAGCUGAACCUGUGUGUCAUUUUGCUCAUCCUGGUCUUCAUGGUGCCCUUCUACAUUGGUUACUUUGUUGUGAGCAAUAUCAGAUUGUUGCACAGACAGAAACUCCUUUUUGCAUGUGUUCUGUGGUUGACGUUCAUGUAUUUCUUCUGGAAGUUGGGGGAUCCUUUUCCUAUCCUCAGCCCAAAACAUGGAAUCCUGUCUAUAGAACAGCUCAUCAGCCGCGUUGGUGUGAUUGGGGUGACACUCAUGGCUUUGCUGUCAGGAUUUGGGGCUGUCAACUGUCCAUACACUUACAUGUCCUACUUUCUCAGGAAUGUGACAGAUGCAGAUAUUCUGGCUCUGGAGCGACGACUCCUUCAGACUAUGGACAUGAUUGUUAGCAAGAAAAAAAGGAUAGCAGUGGCUCACAGGACAAUGUUCCAGAGAGGAGAAGUGCAUAACAAACCCACUGGUUUCUGGGGAAUGAUAAAGAGUGUUACAACAUCUGUUCCAGGCAGUGAAAAUCUGUCCCUUAUCCAGCAAGAAGUGGAUGCCCUGGAAGAAUUGAGUCGGCAGCUUUUUCUGGAAACUGCUGACUUGCAUGCAACAAAGGAGAGAAUAGAGUAUUCCAAAACUUUCCAGGGAAAAUACUUCAACUUUAUGGGUUAUUUUUUCUCCAUCUAUUGUGUCUGGAAAAUCUUCAUGGCAACCAUCAAUAUUGUGUUUGACCGUGUGGGGAAGACUGAUCCAGUCACAAGAGGAAUUGAGAUCACUGUAAAUUACCUGGGAAUCCAGUUUGAUGUCAAAUUCUGGUCUCAGCACAUUUCCUUUAUUCUUGUUGGGAUAAUCAUUGUUACCUCUAUUAGAGGGUUGUUAAUCACACUUACAAAGUUCUUCUAUGCCAUUUCCAGCAGCAAGUCCUCCAAUGUCAUCGUUCUGCUUUUAGCACAGAUAAUGGGUAUGUACUUUGUGUCGUCGGUGCUCCUGAUCCGGAUGAGCAUGCCCCCGGAGUACCGCACCAUCAUCACAGAAGUCCUGGGGGAGCUCCAGUUCAACUUCUACCAUCGUUGGUUUGAUGUCAUAUUCCUAGUUAGUGCCCUCUCCAGUAUCCUCUUUCUCUAUUUAGCUCACAAACAAGCCCCAGAAAAGCACAUGGCCCUCUGAGUGAGAACUGCAGCCACGCACUGCUCUCUGUCCUUUCAGCUGCACUGCUGCAACUCCUGUGGACUGCACAACGUGAAGAGAACCAGGACUCUUUUGUGUGUUCCAGCAGCAUAACUGGUUCUUUGAACUUCCAUACAUGUCACCAUCAAGCUCUGUGGCUGGUUUUGUUAAGGUGCUACAGCUGGAGGGGAAGAGGGUGCACGUAUUGAACGUGUGAGACAGUUCAUUGCCAAGCAAUAAGGGCACUCCCUGGUGCACCACUGCCCAGGGACAUCAGAACUUGCAUGAUAGGCUAUCUGGGGGAACACCUCUAGAUGUUGGAACAACAUCUUCAUAGAAGGCACCAAGGAAAUGUGAUUUUUCUUUUGAAAAUCGGUUCAUAAUUGGGAUUCAGAGGACGGCAAUCCUGGAAUUGAAUGUUUGAGUCUGUGGAAUUAAAUAAGCUUUUGUAAUAUCUCACGCAAGCAUCACCGUUGUUUUUUUGUCAGUCCCUAAGAUUUGGCUGGAUGCCAGCUAGAAAGUGGUUAGGAUUUACUACCUGGCAGAAGUGGAGAGGAUUUCACUCCAUUUCUGUCUGGAGUGUGUGCUGGUGUGUAUCAUUAGUGCCUGCUGUCCUUAGGAGCUGGAGAUCAGCUUUCUCUUGCUGAGUCUCAACUUUCUUUCCUGUCUCUGCAUAAAUGUAACUGAGGCUCUGGAUUCCUCUUUGCUGCAGUUCAGUGUGAAGUCAAAGACCACAGCCAUGUCUUAUUUAUGUUGUAUGUUACAAAUUUUAUCCAUGUGACUUAAACUUGUAGGUUCCCACAGCCACUCUCCUGGGCUUUGUUUGUUUUGUAAUUGUUCUGGAACAUAAAUCAUAGGGAGUAAGAGUAAGAUCUGGAGAGGGAAAAAAUAACCACUCUAAACAGUUUAUUUCUGUAUUGUCUUUGGUGUACAGCAAGGAAGCAAAGUAUAACAGCAGCAGUGUUACAGAACCAUUUGUGUCACAUCCAAGUCAAUGUGGUGUUGACUUGGGGUUAGACAAACCUGCACAACUGAAUUAUGUUGUGCUCUUCUAACCACCAUGAUCCACAGCAGAGGAGAGAGAACAGUGCUUAACAAUCUUGAGUUAUGAAUUACAAAGUGAGCUUAGUGUUUGAAAGGAAUUUCUGCAGUGUUAGCAGGAAAAAGGAGCAUAAUGCACAGAGUACAUUGGCUUGUGCCACUUCACAGCAGUUGUACUGCUGGAAGUACAGCAAAGAGUUGCCACUGAGAUUGAGUUGAUGGACUUGGAUUAGGGGGAGAGCUGCCUCUCCUGGGAGCUGGGGAGAAAUCAGUUGCUCUUUAUUAAGAGCUUAUCUUUAAAAGGCUGAGAUACUUACAAAUCUAUAAAACGUUUCCAUCUUCUGCAGUCCUUAAUUAUAUCCUUGUAGUUAUUUAAGCCUUUUUAUCACUAAGUGAGUAACUGCCCACUUUACAGGGCAGAAAGCCAAUGAAGUACAAUUGCAGGGUGUUAAAUGGAUGCAAGUUACACUGAAGUGUUUAUUUCAGGAAGAGACUGCAGUCCUUUACAGGCAUGGCACUCCUUGGAAUAGCCAAGUUCUGGGAGGUGUAGUAGCAAAAAAUUACUGAAAAAAGAUUCAGGUGGUUUCUUUUUUGUUGUUGUUGCUGUCUCCUCACAACUUUGUGUCGUCCUCGUUGUAACUGGCAGCUCUUGUGGAGGCAGCUGAUUGUGAAGAGGAGGAUGAGUCUGCCUGCAGAGGAGUAACAAAUGUGUUCUGAUUAUUUUCAGUUUGUAAACAUGGUUGAUAGUCUGCAGUGCUCUGAAGGACUCCUGUUUUCAUUUGCACUAAUCACAUAUUUGUUUAGAUGGCAGAACGAGCCAACAAAUAUAAUUUUUCUUGUCGAAGGGCUUUUUUGGUUAAGUACAUUUAGAGGGAAAUUUGGAGGAUUCUUGUUGAAUUCCUGUAUCUGCUGAAUUUGAACACAAAAGUGGUGCUAACUUCAGACCUGCAAAAUGCAGCUUGGGGACUAAGAAAUUCUUGAAAAAACGUGUAGCUGGACACUUGCAGACAGGGCUAAUGAAAAAUGAACGGGUGACAGUAUUGGUCUUAUUCUUCCUUGUCUGUCCCUUCUGCAUGAUCAGAAAACAAGCAUUUAAAUAUUUAAGACUGACCACACGGAGGGUUAAAAGUGACUGCUUGGAGAAGAAAUACCUUCCUGCUUUCCUGACUUCUGUCAUGCUUCAGAUUCUUUCUAACGGCAUGAAAUGAGUAAAAUAAUUGCAAAUCAACACAUUCUCUAGAAAAUGUCAUCAUAAUCUAUCAGUUGCUGUUCCUUCUCCAAAAUGAUCAACUUUGAAAUAUUCUACCUGAUUUUCACAAAAAGUUUUUAAUGUUUUUGAUGUAUUUAAGCACUUCUUCCUGCUCUUCCACAAUUGUAUUGCCUGUUUCCCGUCAUCGUUAAGGAUUACCAUGUUUGGAUUAUCUUGUUCCAUAAAAUUUCUGGUAUGUGCAUUCUUUGUGUGAUUUAAUCUUCCAUUAAAGAUACUCACCUGUA